CAUCACCACUCAAUCCCCCAAUUGAAUUGAGCUUAUCUUUCUAUCAACAUGCCUGUGCCCGAUGCCGAUAUCCACCCCGAGGCCACCGGCCCCGCCAAAGCGCUGGUCGCCUCCCACCAAGCCGAACAGCCCUUGAAGUUCUAUGCGGGGUGGUUCUGUCCCUUCGUGCAACGCGUCUGGCUCGCCCUCGAAGAGAAACAGAUCCCCUACCAAUACAUCGAAGUAAACCCCUACCACAAGGCGCCGUCCUUCCUGGCCCUGAACCCGCGCGGCCUCGUCCCGACCAUCACCUCCCCGGACGAGUCCGGAUCUGCGCGCCCCCUCUACGAAUCCACGGUGAUCCUCGAAUACCUCGAAGAAGCCUACCCGACGCACACGCCCGCCCUCCUCCCGAAGGACGCGUACCUCCGCGCCCGCGCCCGCAUCUGGAUCGACUACGUCACCUCCCGGAUCAUCCCCGCCUUCCACCGCUUCCUGCAGCACCAGCCCACCCCCGCCUCGUCGUCCCCGGACACGAAGCAGACCGGAAGAGGGGGAGGGGGAGGGGGAGGGGGAGGGGAUGAGCUCCACUCCCUGCGAGAGGAAUUCCGGGCCACGCUCAAGGAGUUCGCGCGGGAGCUGCACCCGCAGGGCCCGUAUUUCCUGGGCGAGGAGCUGAGUCUCGUGGAUGUCGUGCUUGCGCCGUGGGCGGUUCGGUUGUGGGUGUUUGAUGAGUUUAAGGGCGGGUUGGGGGUUCCGGCGCCCGGGGAGGCGGAUAGUGAGGAGGAGGAAAGGGUGUGGGCGCGGUGGCGGCGCUGGGUGGCGGCGGUGGAAGGGCGGAGGAGCGUCCGGGAGACGCUGAGUGAGCGGGACUGGUAUCUGCCCAUUUAUCAGCGGUAUGCGGAGGAUAAGGCGCAGAGUGAGCUGGCGAGGGCGGUGCGCAAGGGGAGGGGCGUUCCUUGAUUUGCUGGUUGGGGGUGGGGGGUGGUAUGUGCUUGGUGCUUGG